AUGGGUCUGUUAGCAGCGCAUCUAUCACAGGCUUUUUCAAUAACCGCUCCUCUGUCUCCGCAGAUCCUGAAAGAGGUGAAGGAUGAAGAUUGGGACAUUGGUAAUAUUGUGUUCACGCUGACCAACAGGAGGUACGGAGAGAAGUGCAUAGCCUACGCCGAAAGCCAUGACCAGGCGCUAGUCGGGGACAAAACUCUGGCCUUUUGGCUCAUGGACAAAGAGAUGUACACCAGCAUGAGCUCACUCAUCCCAAUGAACUCAAUCAUCGACCGGGGAAUCCAGCUGCACAAGAUGAUCCGGCUGCUCACGCACGCCCUGGGAGGGGAGGGCUACCUCAACUUCAUCGUGCAACAGAAGCAGGAGGUGGUGCAGCAGCAGGAGGUGGUGCAGCUGCAGGAGGUGGUGCGGCAGCAGGAGGUGGUGCAGCUGCAGGAGGUGGUGCAGCAGGAGGUGGUGCAGCUGCAGGAGGUGGUGCAGCUGCAGGAGGUGGUGCAGCUGCAGGAGGUGGUGCAGCUGCAGGAGGUGGUGCGGCAGCAGGAGGUGGUGCAGCUGCAGGAGGUGGUGCAGCAGGAGGUGGUGCAGCAGGAGGUGGUGCAGCUGCAGGAGGUGGUGCAGCAGGAGGUGGUGCAGCAGGAGGUGGUGCAGCUGCUGGAGGUGGUGCGGCAGCGGGAGGUGGUGCAGCUGCAGGAGGUGGUGCAGCUGCAGGAGGUGGUGCAGCUGCAGGAGGUGGUGCAGCAGCAGGAGGUGGUGCAGCAGCAGGAGGUGGUGCAGCAGCAGGAGGUGGUGCAGCUGCAGGAGGUGGUGCAGCUGCAGGAGGUGGUGCAGCUGCAGGAGGUGAUCGACCAGAGACCCCUGGAGAUGUUCAACCUGACCCCUGGAGCCGACCUGACCCAGGUGCAGGCGCUGAUUCUGGGCCGAGUCCAGGACAUGGAGCUCCUGGACCUAGACCUAGACCUAGACCUGGACCUGGACCUGGACCCAGAACUGGCCGCGGUUGCAUCUCAGGGCUUCAGCGGCUGUUUGUCUGCGGUGAGGUUUAACUCCAUGACUCCCCUGAAGAACGCUCUGCUGAAGCCGGACACCUCCACCAUCAUCAGCGGCUCAUUGGUCCAUUCAAACUGUGCCUCCGCCUCCUCAGCCAAUCCCUACGCAGCAGAGACCACGCACUCUUUAUCUGACCAGCCCAGCUCCGUGGAUCCAGGUCAGCCUCUCGUCAACACCAUCAGGAGCGAUUCUGCUCUGAUCGGAGGAGUCAUCGCCUUGGUGAUCUUCAUCGCUGUGGUGGCGCUCGUGGUCACGGCUCGGUUCCUCUGCAGCCGGAAGCAGACGUACCGAACACCGCCGGUCACAGCCUCUCGGUCCGAAGACGGGCAGGAGUUCUCUCUGGCCGACUCUCAAACGGCCCACACCCAAAGCCCCAGCGAGUUCUUCAUCUAG